AUGGGUGCUUCUUAUCUCCGUGUGGUCUCACAGAAGGAGUAUUCGGAGCAGCGCACGCUAGCGCCGCGGCUGACGGCGGCGUUGGAGGCGGUGAUUGGCCGCACGGAGCGCGAGGACCGCCACUUCCUCGCUCACGGCCGCUGGGACCCCGCCUCAUCCGCCUCCCCCGCAGCCUCCACGCUUCCAGCGCCGUCUCCGAAACAGCCUGUGGCACAGCAAGGCGAGCGGCGCCGUCUCCUCCUUCCGUGCGUGGAAGCGUCCCUCGCGCUCUUCCCUCAAGCGAAGCCUCUAUCACCUCAGUCCGCCAGCGCCACUCACUCCGCCUUCUCCCGCCGCGCCCUUCGCCAGAUCGCACCCGGCCGAGGCGCCCCUCGCAUCCCGCCGGCUGCCACGAGGAUCCCCCACGGCAGCAGCAGCAACAGCAGCAAGCGACAGAGCACGGUGAGGGCGCGGACGGGCGGAGCACGGGGGGGAAUGGCGAAGAGGGAGACGCGAGAACCGGACCUUCAUGGCAUUGCCAGCGGCAGCAGCAGCCCUGCCUUGCCUCUGCGCCCCCGCCUCCCUCACACACUGCCUAUGGCCAUGGCGCCUGUGCGCCCCGCUCUGCAUCCUGCCAGCACAGCAGUCCCCGCCUUGCCCGCCUUACCACCACAGCACGCCGCACAUGCCUUCCACUCGCUCCCUUCCAUGCCACCCCCGAUUUUCCAGGCGCAGCACAUGGCACCGCCAGUGCCCCAAGCGCAGCACGCGGCAGCUCCGGUGCCCCGAGCGCAGCACAAAGCACUGCCAUUUGUGCUGAUGCCGCCACUGCGACAUCAAAGCCAGACGCACUGCGCCUCCAACCCAGCGGCAGUGCGCAGCACACUGGCACCGCGCCCUCAGCCCACGAGCAGAGAGAGCGCAUGCGUCGGAGCAGGUGCGGUGGUCGCGCCAGGAGCACCGCAGCAGUUUCCUCGCGCCCCCUCUCCCGCCCAGCCACUGAUCGCUGCCCCCUCACCACCGCUUCCCUCGCCGCUGCAAGGCGACCCCGCACCAGCAGAGCGGGCGCAGAGCGGAAUGAAGAGGCGGCUGCCGCAUGAUGCUGCGGCCGGGCGACUCCCCUCACCAUCCCUCCGCCCCCUAGCUCUCACUGCUCACAGUGCCUUGCCACCUGCUGCCCACGCAACUGCCGCACCUGCUGGCUACUCACCUGUCGCCCACGCACCUGCCGGCCACGCACCUGCCGGCCAUGCACCUGCCAGCCACGCACCUGCCGGCCACGCACCUGCCGGCCACGCACCUGCCGGCCACGCACCUGCCGGCCAUGCACCUACCCACGCACCUUCCGCCCACGCACCCGGCCUGCCGUCAUCAGCCUCAGGGUCGUCUGCAUGUUCCCCUUGCGAGCCCUCUCCCCGGACAGGCGUGGAUGGCUCUGCUCUGCCUCCGCCUCGCGCCAUGCUCUCCCCGUCCGCCCACCUCAUGCAAGCUCACCUUGACAGGUUGCACCUGGAGCAGGCUGUAUCUGCCGCACGCUUAUCUGUCACAGGGACACAGUAUGGGGGCCAAGCAGUGCCUGCAGCCCAGACUGGCGAGCAUGCAGGGCCGCCAGGCAGCCUCAUGGACCAUGUCAUGCGCCUGCUGCCCCGCUCCCACCCCCUUCAGACGUCUGCGCCAAUGGCAGCACACCACGUGGCAGCAGUGCACUCAGCAUCUGCACCUGCAGUGGGUGCAGGUUUGGCUUCGCCUGGGGGGUCAGUGGCAGGACACACUCUAGAGGCGAUUCAACUGGCCCUGCGACAACACUUGUCCGCCACCGGCCCUGCUGCCGGCACCGCAUCUCUCUCCACGGCCACGAGGGUGCAUGCUAGAGAUCCCCCCAUAGCCAGCGGACCACUAGGAAGGACAGUUCCUGACACUGCAGCAACUGCACUCAACCAGGAAUCCCCAUCUAACGUCUCCUCCUCUAUGCCUUUUCUGCGCCCUGCAUCUGGCCCGGCUAACCACCACCACAACACUCAAUAUGCGCCUGUUGGUCAUGGUCAUCCCCACGACGGAUUAGGUUUCUAUGAUAGAGGUGUUGAUCGUUAA